AAUCCACGCAUACUCCCCCAAAUCUGUAGCGACCGCUUCGCAACAACGGAAUUGGUGAAACCCCAAUUCACUACCAACGAGCACAUCUUUCACCAUUAUCAAUCCUUAAGUCACCCAUCCGUUUGUUUGAGGAAGAAAGAGAAAGCCCAGAAGAGAAAUAACCAAAGUAAAAGAUGUACGUGAGAGCUGUGCCACCCACAGAUCUGAACAAGAACACUGAGUGGUUCACCUAUCCAGGGGUUUGGACCGCUUAUAUCUUGAUCGUUUUCUUUUCGUGGCUCAUGGUUUUAUCUGUAUUUGGUACCUCUCCGGGAAUCGCUUGGACCAUUGUUCAUCUCAUCCAUUUCUUUGUUACAUAUCACUUCUUUCACUGGAAAAAGGGAACACCAUUUGCUGAUGACCAAGGUAUUUACAAUGGUUUGACUUGGUGGGAGCAAAUAGAUAACGGCAAGCAACUCACUCCAAACAGGAAGUUUUUGACUGUUGUACCCGUUGUGCUGUAUCUUAUUGCCUCACACACAACAGGUUAUCAGAACCCGCUGCUCUUCUUCAACACACUAGCUGUUUUUGUGCUGGUGGUCGCAAAGUUCCCUAACAUGCACAAGGUCCGCAUAUUUGGAAUCAAUGCUGAUCACUGAAAUGCAAAGGAAUCCACCACACGUUUCUCUGGUACUUGGUUUUUAUUAUUUUUCACUCCAAAGAAGAAUCAUUAUAGCACUGUACAGAUAAUGAAACUGAAAAGGGGAUUUAUAUUUCACUUCAAUGAAGUGAUCGAAUACUUAUACCUCCCUCCUCUCCUUUAUGGCAGGGAAAAAUACAGUCAUAUAGAGUAAUAUCUGUCCUUGUAAGCCAUUGAGAUCUUGUCCUGUUAUCAGCUUCGGCCAAAAAUCUCUUCUAUUGCCCUCGAACUAGUUGAUAUCUAGAGAUCAAUGUACUUUCUUUUGCCUUUAGGAUUGACCCACAUUUACAUGACGUGAGUUCUGGAUUGAAUCAUCAGUGUCCAGGGUAUCUCUAAUUUUCCCUAUCAUGAGCAAACCCAAGUACUUGUGCUAGUACUUGUGCACAUGGACUAUGUCCUUGAUCAAAGAUGACGUUGGACAAGUUCUCAAUUGUGCCCUAUUAUUUUUCCUUGCACAUCUGAAACCGUACACUUUGAAAAUUGUAUUACUUGCCGAUGAGUAUUGUAUGAUUGCAAAAUCUUAUACAGUGGUUUGAACUUUGAAGCCUUC